UUUAUAUUUCUGUAUUUGUAUGUGUUCAUGUAUAUAAAUUAUUGAAAUAUUUAUAUUUAAAUGAUAUUUACGUGUUAAAAUUCCAUGCUCAUUCAAAACAUGGACUUAGAAGCAUCUGUAGUUGAGCGUUUACAAAAAUUAAGACAGUGGCAAUUAGAGCAACAAGAACGAUUAUUAAAGCAACAACAGAUGCAAAGGCAAAUGUUAACUCAGAAACAAGAUUGUAUGUAUAAAGCACUUGAAUUAUCAAUACAAGAACUUGAUCUUAACGAAGAUAUAUUAAAUACAAAUAAUUCAAAUGAAUUUGUUGAAAAUACUGAGAUUAAUAAUGAAAAUUUAAUUACGUUGCAUGGCAAGUCACAAAUGAAAGAAAAUUAUGUACAAAUAGUAAAUAAAACUGAUUCAUCAUGUCUUAAUGAAAAUAUAGAUAAUAGUUUUAGAAAUGUAAUUUCACAACAAAAAUCACCAACACAGAGGUUUAUUGAAGAUACAAUUAAUAUUGAAAGUCAGAUAAAAAAACAGUCAAAAGAUAAGACAAUGUGUAAUAUAAAAAAUGAAAUAAAAGUGGAAAAACAAUUAGAACAAUUCAUUAUAGAUGGAAUAGCACCAUUACCAUCUGUUAAAACUAAUGUUAAUCGUAUUUCUAUUGAUGAUAUACCAAUUUCCUCCCCAAAAAAAGAUUUUCAUACAUUGCUUGAAGAAAGAUUAAAAGACAGUGAAAAUGAACAUCUUCAAAAGUUUAAUACUAAUUUAGGGAAUAAAAUUAAAAAAAAACCAUUUUUAAAAAAAGGGGAAGGUUUAGCUCGAUUUAAAUUGAAUCAACAAUCACAACUUUCCAUACAAAAAACAAAGUUGCAUACUAUGUCAUUUACUAACAAUACAAAAUCUGGAUCUAAAUGUUCUACAAAUGAAAAUAAAUGUAAUAGAACUUCAAAGAAUGCACAGUUGCCAAGAAAGACAUAUCAUACAAAUGAAGCCCAAAAACAUUUAUGUUUAAAGAAUGUUUCAUUACCAAAGAAGAAAGUUUGUACUAAAUCUGAAUCCAAUACUUCAACUACAUAUUUAAAAGAUUAUAUCAAUAAAAUGAAAAAUACAGUUGAAUUAAAUACUUCAGAUUUUCAUUCUGGAACCCAAAAAGAAUUAGAAGAAGUACGAAUAUUUGAAUUGUUAGAAGAAAAAGCAGAGAAUUCUAGCUUUUGUUCUACAUCUAGUGCAGUUACUGCAUUCUUACAACAAUCAACACCAUUUAAAGUAAGAAAUGCUGGAUAUAAAACAGAAAAUAGUUUGUAUAAUGCAAAACAAGUUACUCCAAAAAGUAACAUACCUAAAGAACAAUUGGCUGUAAAGUCUAAUCAAGUAUGUAAAAGUAUGAAGUUCAAUAAGGAUACUGAAUUUCGUGAUUUUUUACCUUCUAUAAAUCAGAAGAGAGAAUUUUUACAAGAUGCUAGCGAGGACAAUAAAAUGAAAUCAAAUAGAAAUAGAUAUAUUUUAUUAAGAGAUCAAAUUCAAUCUAUGCAUAAUGAACAGAAUUGUUUUAAUAAAAUUAAUGUUCCUAUCAUUGAAAAUGACAAGAAAGAAGAUGUUAGUCGUCAUGUUAGAUUUUCUGAAUUUAAUGAAUACAAAACAAUUGGAUUAACAGAUACAUCAAGUAUAUCAACUGAAUCAUUAAUAAUAAAAAAUUUUUCAGAUGAAAAGAUUUGGAGUGAUUCUUCUGUAGAAACAUCUAUUUCAGAAACAUUACCAGUAUCUUUUGAAGCAUCACAAUCUUCUGUAAUGGAAAAUAAAAUGCACAAGACACAAAUCUGUGAAGAUAUAAUAGAGAACAAUGAUUUUACUUCUAACACAGAUAUGUGUCAAUAUGUUUGCCCUAAAGAUGAAUCAUCAGAUAGUGAGGACCAAACUUUUAAUGAUGAAACAAGUAAUUUGCAUAAAUGUGAUCAAAAUAAUUUAACACCACAAAAGAUCGAUGAUUUUUACAAUAUUGAAACAUUAAAAAAGCAUACAGAACUUUGUGACGACAAAAAAAUAGAUGAAUAUGUAAAUAAUUAUGAUAAUGUGGUUGAAGAUCAAGAAAAUAUAAAAGACUUACAAGAAACAGAUGAAACCAUUUUUAAAUCAGAGCUUCUAAAAAAUCGUUUAUUGGAACUUGAACAAGAGAUCAAUAUAUUUCGCAAAGAAAAUACAGCUUUAUCUAUGCAGCGUAAAAAAUUACGCGAAGAUUAUCAAAACUUUCGUAAAGAAUACGCAGAAAAAGAAAAAAAAUUUGAAGAAAAUAAAAAACAAAUAGAAGAACGUUUACAAGAAGAAAGAAAAAAGCUAGCACGUGAAAAAUUUGCAUUAGAAAAUAGAAUACGAGAUUCACAAGAAAAAGCUCAACAAAGUAAAUUAGAAAGGCAAGAAAUUCAGAAUCUGAAGCAAGAAAUAGAAAAAUUGGUGGAAGAAAUGCAUAUAAAGGAAAGUAGAUGGAAUGCAGCACAAUCGAGACAAAGGUGUCAAAUGAGAAUAUUAAGAAUAGAAAAUUCAAAAUUGAAACAAGAAAUAGAAGAACUACAAAACUUAAAGAAAAAUGUUAGAAAUAAAGGCAGAACUGAAACUUCUAUAAAUACAAGAGCAAUUCAUCAAAUUAAUAAACGAAUUAAAAUGCAGUUUAAAGACUCUCAGAAAGUUAAUGAUGCUUCAUUAGAUGAUGAUCAAAAACUGAUAGAACCAAUACUUAACGAUCAGAAUAUAGAUAAAGAAAAAGAACGUAAUUGUAAUGAUGGUAAAAAUAUUAUGAAUGAUAAACCACAAAAAAGUCAAAUAACUAUAUCAGAUAUUGUUAAAAAACGAAAUCUAUAUGAAAAUUUAAUCAAAGAAGCAACGUUAGAUUUAACAGAAAUUCCAGAAAAAUUUGAUGCUCUUGAAAAUUUAAGUGAAUCUAAGUCAGAUCCAAACAAUAUAUUGAAAAAAGAUGGUCAAACAAAUACUAUAAAAAGUAAAUGUGAGAGAUUACAUAAAGAAUAUGAAGUAUCUUUUAAUCAUAAUGAUGACAAUAUUCAAUUACAUAUGCAAAAUGAUUACAAAUGUUUUGUUGAAGAUAAUAAAAAAGAUUUAACAUCAUCAACAGAUAAACUACUUAAUCUAGACAUAGAUGAGAAAUCUUCAUCUUACAGAAAUAAUACUAAUACUGAUAAACAAAGUAUGAUACAGAUUGAACACACAGAUGGCUCUAUUGAAUAUCGAUUUACAAAUGGAAAUAUUAAGAAGGUGUUUCCUGAUCAAGGUGUAACUAAAUUAAUGUAUUAUAAUGGAGAUGUUCGUGAAACUAAUAGAGAUGGAAGAAUAAAGUAUUUUUAUGCAUCAACACAUACAUGGCAUACAACAAUGCCGGAUGGUUUAGAGAUUUUAGAAUUUGCUGAUGGUCAAGUAGAAAGAAGAUUACUUAAUGGUACAAUAGAGGUAUCAUUUCCAGAUGGUUCAGUGCGAAUCUUAGAAUUAGAUGGUACCGAAAAAUGGACAUUACCAGAUGGAACAUUAAUUCAAAUUCUUACUAAUGGUGAAAAAAUUCUUACUUUACCAAAUGGACAAUGUGAAAUACAUACUAGUACUCAUAAGAGACGUGAAUAUCCUGAUGGAACCAUUAAACUAAUUUAUCUCGAUGGUACACAAGAAACACGAUAUUCAAAUGGAAGAAUACGUUUUAAGGAUAAAGAUGGUAAUCUUAUAAGGGAUUCUUAUCAAUAAAAACUAUAUCACACUUAGUAAAGUUGAAAAUAGCAUGAAAUAAUGAAGUUUUAUUUAAUAUAUAUUUUUAGUAAUAACAAGUAGUUAAGUAAUUAAAAUUGUAAUUAGAUGUAAUAU